GAAUUAUUUAGAGAUUUUGCUGUGUCAUCUCAACAAUUAAAAUCUGAACAAGAUGCCCAUCGUAAACAAGAAGAAUUAGAACAACGUAUUAAACAGAGAAUACAUAAUGCUGAACAGGAACGAGAAAUGGAAGUUAGAAAGAUGAUGGAACAGAAUUUAGCUGUAGCCACCCAAAAGAAUGUUGAUAUGUGGGCACGGAAAGAAAUGGAAGAAAGAUUUCGUAUUGAAGACUUAGAGAGAGAAGCUAAAAAUGUUCAGUUGGCCAGGUUACAUACAGAAAACAGAUCAUUAGAAACAGAAGUUCAUCAAUUAAUGAAAAAAUGUCAAGAUGAAAGGGAGAAAGAUACAGCUGAAGGUUAUAAAGAGUUAGGAUAUGAGGUUGAUGAUCAUAUAUCUGAUAAUAUUAGACGUUUAGAUAGAUUAGAAAUAGAACAACACACUAGUAAACAUCAUACUGAUCAUUUACUAAAUAAUAUUCAACAAGCUGGUACAUCUAAACAGAUAAGUUUUCAAGAACCAUUAGAUGGUUAUCCAACAGAUGAGUCCAAUUCUUCUAAAGUAUCAUUUGAAAGAAGUCGAGAGACGUUUGAUGAAAAAGAGAUGGAAUUAUUAAAUGAAGUUAGAAGAUUACGUCAAAGACUGGCCACUGAAAAUAGACAUAAAAAACCUCCUCCAAUGUUUCCAAACAAUUAACUCAAAGAAGGUGUCUCAUUUGUUCUCUGAUUGAAAGUUCUCUGUGAUGUUAGUGCUUCACUGACUGUAAAAAUAUGUAUCAAUUUAAUGUCACAAUCAUGCCCCCAGCUUUAAAUAAUACCUUUAAAUUGGUUUGAUGAUAUCCAAUCUGUAAUGGAUAUAUCUUUUUCUUUGAAUAGACUGAGUGAGAUAUAAAAACUAUUUCUGGCACUGGAUGUAAAGGAUAUUUUCUCUAUUUCAAAUUUGUACUAACAUAAGAAAAGUGAGACAUUGUAUAUGUUGUUAAUACUAAUUGUAUCUUAUAUAAAUGGUAGGUACAUGGUAUAUAUAUAUAAUUUGUUUCAAUUCACUUAUCCUCCUUCCCAAUACUGUAAAUAGGUUCAAAUCCACCAAGUUAUUGUCAGAUUAUAGUUAAAAAGAGAGAUAUAUAUAAUGCUGUCUGAAGACUUGACUGAAGUAAUUUCUGUUGUGCUUUUGUAUAUAUGAAAAUAAAUUAUAUUGUGAAUAAAAUUAUUUUAUACAUUU